AAAGCGGAGCGGAGGGCGGUAGAUGAGGACCGGAGAGACGAAAUUACAGUGAUAGGAUCUGGAAAUAUAUUUUAGGGGCUGCAAAAGAAAUCUGAAAAUAUCAGCAAAGAUCAAAGAGGAAGGAAGGGUUGUGUGUUGAAGAGGGGAGGAGAUUGAAACUUAGAAGAGAAGCCGAAUGGGGGAGGGCGGGUGCUGUCCAUCGAUGGAGCUGUUCCGCUCGGAGCCGAUGCAACUGGUGCAACUCAUCAUCCCCAUCGAAUCCGCCCAUCUAAGCAUUUCUUACUUGGGCGAACUUGGCCUUGUUCAAUUCAAGGACCUUAAUGCAGAAAAGAGCCCCUUCCAGCGGACAUAUGCUACUCAGAUUAAAAGGUGUGGAGAAAUGGCACGUAAACUGCGCUUUUUCAAGGAACAGAUGACAAAGGCAGGUUUGACCCCUUCAACAAGGCCUCUGACACGGGUUGACAUUGAUCUUGAUAACUUGGAGACAAAACUUGGAGAACUUGAAACUGAGCUGAUAGAGAUAAAUGCGAACAGUGAUAAGUUGCAACGAACUUACAGUGAGCUUUUAGAGUAUAAACUUGUUCUACGGAAGGCAGGUGAGUUUUUCUACUCAGCGCAGAGUAGUGCAACGGCUCAGAAGAGAGAAAUUGAUGCUCGCCAAAUGGGCGAAGUAUCCAUUGACAGUCCUUUAUUAUUGGAGCAGGAGAUGUCGAUCGAUCCAUCAAAGCAAGUGAAGCUAGGAUAUGUCAGUGGCCUUGUACCCAGAGAAAAUUCAAUGGCAUUUGAAAGAAUUCUAUUUCGUGCUACUCGGGGUAACGUGUUUCUGAGGCAAGCUGUAAUCGAAGAGCCUGUGAUGGAUCCUAUGUCCGGAGAAAAGGUUGAGAAAAAUGUCUUUGUUGUCUUUUAUUCUGGAGAAAGAGCAAAGGCCAAAAUUCUGAAGAUUUGUGAAGCUUUUGGAGCAAACCGUUACCCAUUUACAGAAGAUGUGGGAAAACAAGGUCAGAUGCUUACAGAGGUCUCCGGGAAAAUUUCUGAGCUGAAAACUACCAUUGAUGUUGGGCUGAUGCACCGGGACAAUUUGUUAAAGGCUAUCAGCUAUCAAUUUGAACAGUGGAGCCUUUUGGCGAGGAAGGAAAAAUCGAUAUAUCAUACACUGAAUAUGCUUAGCUUUGACGUGACAAAGAAGUGUCUUGUUGCGGAGGGUUGGAGCCCUGUUUUUGCUAUAAAUCAGAUUCAGGAUGCCUUGAAACGAGCAACAUUUGACAGCAACUCACAAGUUGGAUCCAUAUUCCAGGUUUUGCAUACGAAGGAAUCCCCACCUACAUAUUUCCGGACAAACAAAUUUACUUCUGCUUUUCAAGAGAUUGUGGAUGCAUAUGGUGUGGCCAAAUAUCUGGAAGCAAAUCCUGGUGUAUACACAAUUAUUACAUUCCCGUUUCUAUUUGCAGUCAUGUUUGGUGAUUGGGGCCAUGGCAUUUGCUUGUUACUUGCAACAUUGUUCUUUAUAAUCAGAGAAAAAAAACUCUCAACCCAGAAGCUUGGAGACAUCACAGAGAUGACCUUUGGUGGUCGUUAUGUCAUUAUGAUGAUGGCACUGUUCUCUAUUUAUACAGGCUUGAUUUAUAAUGAAUUCUUUUCAGUCCCAUUUGAACUUUUUGGUCGGUCUGCCUAUGCUUGCCGUGAUCCUUCCUGUAGUGAUUCUACAACAGUAGGUUUGAUUAAGGUGCGUGGUACUUAUCCUUUUGGUGUGGAUCCUGCAUGGUAUGGCACCCGCAGUGAGUUGCCGUUUCUCAAUUCGUUGAAGAUGAAGAUGUCAAUACUUAUUGGGGUAGCCCAGAUGAAUCUUGGAAUUGUGUUAAGCUAUUUCAAUGCCAAAUUCUAUGGGAGUAACCUGAAUAUCUGGUACCAAUUUGUACCCCAGAUAAUAUUUUUAAACAGCCUUUUUGGUUACCUUUCCCUCCUCAUCAUUGUGAAGUGGUGUACUGGUUCACAAGCUGAUCUAUACCAUGUGAUGAUAUACAUGUUCCUGAGUCCAACAGAUGAUCUUGGUGAGAACCAGCUUUUUGCUGGCCAGAAAACCCUUCAGAUGGUAUUAUUACUGCUGGCCCUUGUUGCUGUGCCAUGGAUGCUGCUUCCAAAGCCUUUUCUUUUGAAGAAACAACACCAAGAAAGACACCAAGGUCAGUCCUAUGCGCUGCUUCAAAGUACAGAUGACUCUUUUGAAGUGGAAGCUCAUCAUGAUUCCCAUGGCCAUGAGGAAUUCGAGUUCAGUGAAGUUUUUGUGCACCAACUCAUACAUACUAUAGAGUUUGUCCUUGGAGCAGUAUCAAAUACAGCUUCAUAUCUUCGGUUGUGGGCCCUCAGUCUUGCUCAUUCAGAAUUGUCGAGUGUCUUCUAUGAGAAGGUUCUACUUCUUGCAUGGGGGUUCAACAACAUUAUAAUCCUUGUUGUGGGCAUCAUUGUGUUUAUUUGUGCAACCGUUGGUGUUUUGCUAGUAAUGGAAACACUGAGUGCAUUCCUACACGCUUUGCGGCUUCACUGGGUGGAGUUUCAGAACAAGUUCUAUGAAGGAGAUGGCUACAAGUUCAAUCCGUUCUCAUUUGCAUUGCUUAGUGACGAGGAUGAUUAGCGUGUUCUGAGUAGAGCUUAGCAGCAGUUACAAGAAUGAAUGACAAUUUGGAUGUGCCAAGUUAUGAUGGAUCUGUCAAUUCUUUUAUUUAUACAAGAGUUCUAGAGAAGGGAAUUAUUGGCCGAGUGCCUGGUAAAUGGAGGAUGAAAUGGUUCGCCUCCAUGUAAUCCCCAUACAAAUUCUAUUGUGUUUGUCAUUUCGUCGUUUAAUUGAAUAAAAUAGUUGGCAGGGGCAUGAUGGUGGCUAUGUGGGUGGAGUUGGUUUUGAUCGGAAGCUGGUGUAACAAUAAAAUUAUAUUAUGAAUGUCUUAUUUUUAGAGAUGGAAAGAGACUGAUAUUAUAUAUGUGUUCUGCA